AUGGCGUUGCCAUCAUCGUCCUCGGCCAGCGGAAAGUUUGAUCCUUCCGCGUAUGCAGCCCUUCGUAAGGAGCAGUUCGCUAGGGCGAAGGAGCUUCGGGAGGCGCGCUCUGGAAUGAUGGGCGACAACAAUCCGCGUAUCACGUUCGGCCCCUCCAUGGCGUCCCAGACGUCGCCCGGUCUCACGCGGUCUCUGUCGUCGAGCGACCUCUCCCGUCGUCGCCACAGCGACGUGCCAAGGCACCAGUCGCCUCAGCCGAAGCAACGCACACCACACUACGCACUGCCGCUCAACCACGGCUCGUCCUUCUCUCUUCGCAACUCCCUCGGUGGCACGUCCGACCCUCUCAACGACAGUGCCGCCAGUUCUGUUUCCGCUUCCGGUCCGAUGAAGUCGCAAAAAGGGGCCUUCACGGGACCUUACUGGAACGAGCAUGCGGAGGGUUCUGCCGGGGGAGCAGGCGCAAAGCGCAAGCCGCACGUGCGCAAGGACACUCGCGGUGGCGCGGUAAACGGGGUGAAAUCUAUCUCCGCGCUGAACGAGGCUUCCAAGUUCACCGAAGAAGAGCUCGCCGCAUUCAGCGCCGCAGGUGCCGCUGCCGAGUCGCUUCUCGCGGAGGAGAACGGAAUAAACGUGGCUCCGGAAGCGCAGGUAUCAGUUCCGAGUGAAGAAGUGUUGAAGGAGGUAACGCUGGAAGCUCCGGAAACGAUGGUCGAUGCCUCUGCUGCUGCUGCUGCUGCGGCAGCGGCUGGGGAGAGCCCAGAAGGAACAGCGCGGCCGGAGGCUGACUGCGACGCAGAGCAGAGCAAGGCGGCAGGAGGGGAUGGCGAGCAGCGUAGGAGAGAGAGCAAGGGCAGCAAGGGCCUGUUCUCCCGGUCGUUCCGAGCAUCCUUGCGCCUCCUACGGCGAGCACUUCCGAGCAACGGAUUGGGCGGCGCGUCGGGAGAGAACGAGGGCGGGGAUUUGACUGGCGCGGAGGCAGGGAAGAAGACGGGCGAGCAGCGACGCUUGGAGCUGGAUGAUGUGAACGGGAACGAGGGUGGACGAGGAAAGAAGACCGGUGACAGCGAGAGUGAGGUGAAAGGGUCGCAGGGUGCAUGGAUGGAAGUGUUGCGUGCUCCCAACAGCAGCAGUAACAGCAGCGCGGGCCAUGGCGGUUCUGGGUCGAGGAAAGACAAGGAGAAUGUGCAUCGGCUGGCGCUCUCUCCGCUCUCCUCGGCUGCCUCUCCCUCCUCCCUCAUCGCUGUCUCUCCCUCUUCCCUCAUCUCAAAUAGUAUCGAGAACAGCAGGAUGGCGAGCAGUGGAGGGGGUAACUGCAGCCCUGCUGUGUCGGUGCUGGAUCAAGUGGUUCUAAAGCUCAACCCCACAAGAACAAGAUGCGAGGUGGUGACGUCGUCAGCGGGGCGAGUGGAGGUCGUGUGCGUCGCACUGCUGCGCCCGCUGGCGCAGCACAUCGAAGCGGUGGAGCUCGAAAUCGCCGCGGGCGCGCACGUGGUGAUCCUGGAUCCCCGCCAGUGCGCGCCGUACCACCGCCUGUUCCGCGCGCCGUUCGUGAGCAACGAGGACGCCUCCGCCGCCGCCGCCGCCAUCGCGUGGUUCUCGAAGGGCACUCUGCAACGGGUACUGCGCUUCAUCAACUCGCCCGCGCUGCUGGAGCAAGCCGUUGCCAUCACGCAGGAGAUCACGAGCCUCACCAAGUCGCUGCAGCGCAGCACGCAAGUCGAUCUCAACGACGCUGCCUGCAUGUCUUUCGUUGCACAUGUGUGUGCCACUGCCACUUGCACCGCCGAUGGCGGAAAAUCAUCCUGUCUCUCUUCUUGUGUCCUGUCUAACCCCUUUUCCAUCCCUUCUCUCCUCCCCCCCGUUUCUCCCUGCGUGGCGGCGCGCAGCUUUCCGACAGAGCGCAGCUUCCAGGAGAACCCCCCAGUGGCCGCAGCAGCCGCCCCAGCUCCCCCUGCCGCGCCUCCCCGCAGCCCGUGCGCGCGCCACGCUCCCAACCGCCUCUCGCUCCUUGCGCGCGUACGUGUCGCUCUGUCUGUCCCUUCACCCACUCCCUCCCUCACCCCCUCUCCCACUUCCCUGCCGCACCCCUUCCCCCCCACCUUCUCCCGCGCUCCUCCGCAGGCGUCUCCGCCGGGGCGUGGAGGCGCGGCGCGGCAUGCUGAAGCGCGAGCGCGAGGUGGCGGUGGCGCGGUCGCAGGCGGCGGGCUUCACGGCGGACCACCUGCCGUCGCUGCUCGCCUUCGCCGACUGCUUCGGCAUGCCGCGCUUCCGGUGCGCCGCGGCACGGGCGGGAAGGGGGAACGGGCGGGGAGGGGGAACGGGCGGGGAGGGGGAACGGGCGGGGAGGGGGAACGGGCGGGGAGGGGGAACGGGCGGGGAGGGGGAACGGGCGGGGAGGGGGAACGGGCGGGGAGGGGGAACGGGCGGGGAGGGGGAACGGGCGGGAGGGGAACGGGCGGGGAGGGGGAACGGGCGGGGAGGGGGAACGGGCGGGGAGGGGGAAGGCGGCGAACGGGGGAAAAGGCGAACGAGGGGAGGUGGAGGGAGGGAAGACGGAAAGAAGGGGUGUUUGGGGGGAAGGAGGGGAGAAAGGGGAAAAUGGAUGGGGGAAGGUUGAAGGCGUUCACUACCCGUUCCCCCCCAAUUCCCCAAUCCCCGCGAUCCACGCCGCGAUCCACGCCGCACGUCACGCCAACGCUUCCGGGAGACGUCGUGCUGCACACCCAACGCCCCGCGUCCCCCGUCCCCGGCGGAAGCUCCGCGCAUGGGGGAUGGGCGCUAGCCCCGCUGGUGCGCACAGCCAGCGGAAGCACGGCGGGAUUGCGCGAAGGCGGCGGAGGGCCGCUGAUUCGCACAGCCAGCGGGGAUUUCAGCAGCGGAAGAAGCAGCAGCGGCUUCGGCAGCGGCGGCGGCGGCGGCGGCGGCGGCGCGCUGACCAGCCGCAGCAGGAGCGCGAGCCCCGCACCCGGCGCAAGAUACGGCGCGGAGAGGGAGCGGGAUCUGGCGGUAGCGCUGGAGGAGGAGCGAGCGAGCGAGCGAGUGGGGCGGGAGCGGGAACGGGAACGGGAGAGGGAGCGGGAGCGGGACGUGUAUCAACUCUACCACGAUCGUCAUAGAUCCCUGUCGCCGCUACCCUCCUCUGCCUCUGGCGGGUCGCCUUCUGCGGGCGCGUCCUUCGCCACGUCUUCCGCCGCGUCUCCCGGCGCAUACUCGUACACCGCGCCGCGCUCCCUGAUUGGUCGCGAUGACGUGGACUCGCUCGACGGGUUCUCGCUGCAGCACUCUGAUUCGCUCUCGUCGACCGCGUGCAUGCUCGGCGCGCUUGCGCCCAACAGCCCCCAUUACGGCGGCGGCUCCCCCGUUUCCGCCUCGUCCGCCGCCACCGCGGCGGCGGCGGCGGCAGCUGCGGCGGCUGCGGCGGCCGCCGCAGCGACGGGUGGUCCUCAGUCCCCCCGCUCCGCUAUGUACGCGCAGAUAUUGGCGGGAGUGCGUCAGCAGCUGGCGGCACAGGGAGCAGCAGGUGGUGGCGCGACAGGCGGGGGAAGCGGGGCGGGUGGGGGGUUGCCGCCAAUGGGGGGGAUGUCGCAGCACGCGCAGCAGCAGCAGGGGCAGGGGCAUCAUGUGUACUCGGCGGGUCAACACGAGAUCACCUCAGCAGCAGUACACCCAGCCGCCGCCGCCGCCGCCGCUGCCGCUGCUGGUCCUGCUCCAGGCAGCAUUGCUACAAGCAGCGUGACUGGCGCUGCCACGACCGGGGGGAAAUCGGACGGCGUGGGAAGCGCGCUUAAGACAGGAAGCACUAGCGGCGAGAGCGUUAACCCCACAAACUGCGCCGCCAAAAGCGGCGGCAAUGGCGACGGCGGCUCCACCAGCGGGAGUGGCGGCAGUCGGUGGAGGCAGCCGGCUCGGCGCGCUUCGCGCGGACGAUCGGAAGGGCGCACGCUGGUUGGCGGCGCGCGGAUCGGCAGCAGCGCGGCAGGCGGCGGAGGCAUGGCGGGACAGGGGGAAGCAGGCGGGGCUGCAGGCGGAAACGGCGGACACGCUGACGUGCAAUCGGCGGAGGUAAAGGGGGGCGGUGGCACUAGCGCCAGCGGCGGCGGGGGGGGCGGCGCGUUUUGGCCUUCAGGCGCAUCGGACGACUCGGACUCGGGAAGCUUCUACGGCCCCGCCGCUGCAGAACUGGAGACUGCCGCGCGCGCGGCUGCGGCGGCGGAUGGCGCAGGAGGCGGAGCGGAAGGGGGAGGGGGAGCGGGCGGGGGAGGCGGAGCGCUUACUGCAGCGGGGACAGAGGCAGCGGAGGAGAAGGGGCUUUUGUCUGAUCACAGCGCAGGAGGCUUGUCGCACGGGUCGCACAGGUUUGGAAGCGCGCGAACCUGGGGGUUUGGUGGUGCGGGUUCGGCGGUGGGGGGCAGGAAGAUUCAACCCACGGAUGCUACAGUGCGGAGUUUCGCGGAAUGGAUUGACGUGAAAAAGGGAAUGGGGGUGGAGAGGGCGGAGGAGGGAGAGGGGGGAAUGCGCAAUGGAGAGAAGGGAAUGGAGGUAAAGGUUGGGAAUGGCGAGCAAAGCAGCGCGGGAGGUGGGCGGGAGAAGGAGGAGUGGAGGAAGCAGGGAUGGGAUGGGAUGGAGGAUAGAGGGAGUGGAGAGAGGAAGAGUGGUGGUGGGCGUGGGAGGGAGGAGGGGAGGAGCAGCGGCGGUAGCGGCAGCGACAGCGGUGUGGAAGGGGGCAAGGGAGGAGGGGAGGAUGCGACUAAGAGGCUCGUGUGCAAGGUGAAGGAAUCUACCUCACAUACAGAUACCACCAGCAACAAAGACAUGCAGCAGCAGCAGCAGCAGCAGCAGCAGCCAUGCACCCCCAAGCCCGGCCACCAGCACAGCACCUCGGUCUCCCCCGCUUCUCCCCUGCUCCCCCCCUGCUCUCGCUCUAACAACAACAAGCCUCUUGCUCCAGACCCAGCGCAAGUCGCAGCAGUGGCUGCGAUUGCCGUGGCCAAGGCACAGGCCGCUUCAGCAGCGGCAGCUUCGGCGGCAGCAGCACCAACCACACAAGCCUCGGUCUCUCCCUCUGCUUAUUCCUAUGUCUCUGCCUCUGCCUCUGCCUCUGCCUCUGCCUCUGCUUCUCCCUUGCCCUCUCGCCUGCCCAUCCGCCCUUCCCCUCCCUCGUCCCCCCGCUCCUUCCUGCUCCCUCCCUCUCUGCCCUCCACCCUUCGUCUAGAAAGCCUCUCUUCCUCCUCCCCCUCGUCUGCUGCUGCUGCCAACGGUAGGUUCCCUCUCACCCCCUCCCCGACUUCCCCUGCUGCUUCUGCUGCACACACCAAGGGAGCUGCAGCAGCAGCUGCUGCUGCUGGUGUUGCUGAAGGGGGGGGGAAGCAGCAGACGCACGGGGAGCAGAGGUCUAUGGAGAAGCAAGACAAGCAUAGGGAGCACCCUGCUGAUCAGCAGCAGCAGCAGCAGCAGCAGCAGCAGCAGGGGCGGCAGCAGCCAAAGCCGCUGCAUCAGCGCAACGCCAAUGGCAGCGCGUGGGAGGGUGCAGGGGCAGGAGGAGCAGUGGCUAGCAAGAUUGCUGUGAUGAUGAAAAGCAACAUGGGCAGUGCUGGUGCUGGUGCUGGUGUUGGUGCUGGUGUUGGUGACUGCACUGGUGGCAGUGUUGGUGGCGGUGCUGGUGGCGGCAGGGGUGGUGCGCAGAAUGGGGUUCAUGGCACUGAGAGCAAUGUGGGAGGAGGUGUUGUUGGAGCGGCAGCAGAGGGAGCAGGAGCGGGAACAGGAGCAGGAGCAGGGGGGAGCGAGCAGGGGCAUAACCACCGUCGCCAUCACCAUCAGCAGCACCCGCAUCGCCGCCACAGCAGUAGCAGCAGUGGUGGUGGCAGCAGUGGCGGCAGCAGCAACAGCAGCCAUCCGGUGCGAACGGCAGCAGCGUCAGCAGCAGCAGCGUCGCCCUCUUCCCCCCCCUCACCUUCCUCCUCCGCCUCCUCCUCCACCUCCUCCUGUGCUUCGUCCAACCAUGCCCCACGCCGCACCAUCACCCGCAGCGCUACUGCUGCUGCUGCUGCUGCUACCAGUGCUCAUGCUUCUGCACAUAACAGCAGCAGUCAUGGUAGCAGCGGUCAUGGGAGCAGCAGCAGCAGUGGUGGUAGUGGUGUGGUGCGCAGUAGCAGCGGCAGAUCAGCCAAGUUCACGUCUCUCCCCACGCUGAUUGAAGCAGACAGCUUCAAAGAAGGGCUUACUGCCUCUGAUGCCCCUGCCCCUGCUGCUGCUGCUGCUGCUGCUGCUGCUGCUGCUGCCGCUGGUACUACCGGUACUGCUGGAACUGCUGGGGCUGGUAGCGGUGGGAGGAAGGGAGGCAAGGCGUCUCAAGCAGCGGCUGAGGAGGGGAGUGUGGGCAAGGCAGGGGGGCGGAAGGGCAGUGGAAAGAGCCGGCGCGUGCGGAGCAAGCAAGAGGGGAAAGAAGCAAGUGAUGCUUUUCAGGCCUCCUCCCUUGUUUCCGGGAAUGGUGCCCUUGUUAUGUUCCCAACAACACCAACCACUGCUGCCGCUGCUGCCUCUGCUCCCUUUCCUGCCUCUCCUUCGGCUGCCUCGGCUGCAGGUUUGGAUUCCGAGGCUGCGGCCGCUUCACCGGGCCUGUGCUCACCAGCAGCAGGCAAGGCAGGCGGGAAGGCAGCAGGUGCAGGCGUGGGGAAGAAGAAGGUGCCUGGUCUGAGCAGCAGUGUGUAUGCUGGGAAGAAAGGCUCACGCACCGUAGCCGCUGCUGCUGCUGUUUCGGGUGCUUCUGACGGGGAGGCCGUUUCUGGUGCAGGCAGCAGCUCCCUUGCGGAUCAGGGUCCACUGUCAGCAGCACUGGUAGUGACAAGUGGAGAAGUGAUAGCUGAAGCUGAUGCCAGUGAGCAUAGUCACCAGAAGUAUGGACAGCAGCAGCAUCUGCAGACGGUGGUGAUGGGUCUGGGGAAGGAGCAGGAAACGCUGCAGCAACAGCAGCAGCAGCAGGAGCAGCAGGAGCAGGAGCAGGAGCGAGUGGUGGAGGAGCAGGUGGAGGAAGGGGGGCAGAAGAGGGGCGGAGGGCACAGGAGGCAUGGCAGCAGGUCGCGUGGGCUGUCGCCCCUGAGAGGCAGCUCUAUGGCUUCCAUGGCUCCUGCUAGUGUAGGUGUGGGGGCAGGUGUUGACAUGCACGGCGCUCCUUCUCCCAAGUCCCCUGCUGCCUAUACUGGUGCUACUGCCACUGCAUCUGCCACCGCUGCUACAGCUGCCACAGCUGCCGCAGCAGCCGCCGCUGCUGCGUGCCGUGCAUCACCUGCUGUCCCCUCCUUGACUGCAGCGCACCAGGGAAUGACAGAGGCAGCGCCACAGCCACGGUAUACGGUGUCAGAGCCCAUCAAGGGAGGAGUAGGUGCAGUGUGUGCUGGCGGCGAGGAGGAGGACGGCGGGGAGGACUGUGAGAGUGACGCUGAGAACGAGGCGGUUAGUAGCCGCCGCAUGAUGGUGGUUGUGCCGCGAGUUCCGAUGGAGCUAGGCCUAUCAGCAGCAGGAGCAGGAGCAGGGCCAGCUCACAACGCUGCUCUUUCUGUGGCUAGGCCUACGUCGCCCCAUCUUACCCUGCUCUCACAGCCUCCUCCUGGUGGCUACAUACGCUCACCUGCCCUCAAAAGGGGCACUCCUCUUGUAGACCUGCCUCCCGUUAUUGUCACAGACAUUUCAGCCACACACGGUGUGCUGCCGCCCUCCUCUCCCUGCACUCCCACUUCCGGGAGCUUUGGAGGUAAGAAGUCGGAAUUUGGGGGGGCAAGGGUUGCACCAAUUACUCAUUUCCGGGAAGUGUUAUCAGCACAGCAGGUUGGUGAAAAUGAGGGGAAUGUUAAUGCUGGUUAUGGUUAUGGCCAUGGUUAUGGUGUGACAGUGCCAGUGUCGCCAACACCAGCACCAUUGCCAGUGGCUUCAUGGAAGUCUAAGGCUGUGUUGUCAUCGCCUGCUACUCCGUCGCCGCAUGGGAAGGUUUCGUCGACCAAGUCUGGGCACUCCACGCCUGAAAGUGGCCGCAAGCAGCGUCUUUCGGCGCUGCGCAAGAUUUCCAACCCAACCCACAACGCACGCCGAAGCGGUGAGGAGCAGCCCAUUGCAGGCGGCGUGAGUUCGGAGGAGAGCAGGCAGGCAGGCAUGGAGGAGCCGAGUCUGGACGAGCUGGAGUGGAUGGCGCAGCAGGCCAUGGCGGGCGACGAUGGCGGGGAGGACGACGACUGGCCGUUCGAAGAGCCCCCGGAAGAUGAUUGGCGCGGCGCACGCGGCGCAGCAGCAACCCCCCUGCCACACACAUUCCCGCCGCCACCCUCCACUGGCAUGCCAGGGGUGGCAGGCAGGGAAAGAGGGAAGGACGGCACAUCGGGUGGGUCUGUAGAGAAUUCGCAAAUACCUGCUGCGGGCUGGCCUGGGGAUAGGGGUGCUGAUAAGGCGACAGAGGCAGUGGGUGGGGAUGUGGCAGGAGGUGCAGCAGGACGAGAAGCCGAGGGUCGAGAGAGAGGGGACGAAAGAGGAGGAGGAGGCGAUGGUGUGAAUUCGGGUAUUCCACAGCAAGCUGCGUUCCCAGAAGCAGCAACAGCAGCAAAAGAAUCACCAGCAUCAGCAGCAGCAGCAGUAGCAGCAGCAGCAGCAGCAGCAGUAGCAGCAGCAGCAGCAGCAGCAGCAGCUAAGAAAACAGCAGUACCACCACCAGCAGCAGCAGCAGUGGCAGCAGCAGCAGCGGCAGCAGAAGAUGAGAAGGCAGCACGGCGAGUGGCAGCAGAUGUGGAUGGCGAGGUGAUGCCCGUGACAGGCAGCGAUGGGCAGCGCGUGUACUGCCGUGUCAGAACCACCCCAACAGACCGAGCAGAUAGAUCUGGCAGGGAUGGCAGGGAUGGAAGGGAUAAAGGACGGGCGGAGCAGCAGGAGAGGGAGGAGAGUGAGCGGGAGCGCAGGAUGGGUGGUGCGUGGGCGAGCAGGGGGGCAGCGGAGACGGAGCAAGGGCGAGUGCUGUCUGUGAGCAUAGAGACGCUGAUGGAGCGAGCAGAGCAGGAGCAGCUGCAACGCGCCUUCCGUUUGUCCCACCUCAUGGCCUCCGCCCCUUCCUCUUCCACACCCUCCGCUGCUCCCUCGUCUUCCUCUAAACCACUCUCUAAAGCAGCACCAUCAGCAGCAGCAGCAGCAGCUGCAGCGGCAGCAACCCCACCUCCAGCAGCAGCAGCAGCAGCAGCAGCAGCAGCAGCAGCAGCAGCAGCAGCAGCGGCGGCUCUGUGGGUGGAUAAAUACUCGCCGCGUAGCUUCACAGACCUGCUCAGUCCCGAGCCCACCAACCGUGCAGUGCUCUCCUGGCUCAAGCAGUGGGACCGCUGCGUCUUUGGCGCUGCUGCUGCGUCCUCCCGCUCCCGCACUCAUCCGGAUACCAUCGCUGCUCUGCGCCGCUUGCCCCCGCCCGCUGCUGCUGCAGGGGCAGGGGGAAUGGGCGGAGGUAACGGCGUGGGAGCAGGCAUGGGAGGGGAGAGUCUGCUGGGGAAGAGGGCGCGGGGUGAGACAGCAGGAGAUAGACCAGAGGCGAGGAUUCUGCUUCUCUGCGGAGCGCCAGGGCUGGGCAAAACAACGCUGGCGCACGUGGCAGCUCGGCACUGCGGGUACCGAGUGGUGGAGGUCAACGCCAGUGACGACCGCGUCGCCUCCUCCCUGCGCCAGCGCAUCGUGGACGCCGUUGAAAUGCGCUCCGUGCUCGCCUCUGCUUCUCCUGCCAUUACAUCUGGUGCUGGAGCUGGCACUGCCACUGCCACCAGUGCUGACUCACGACCUAACUGCCUGGUGAUAGAUGAGAUCGACGGGGCGUUUGCAGGAGCUGAAGGGCGAGGUGCUGUGGAUGCACUCGUGGAACUG